AUGAGCCUUCUACACUUUAGCCAUGGACAUCCAUUGGUGUCCAUUGAAAGCCAUAGCCACGAAAUUGAAAAGGAGCAUUGCUCAGGAUGUGGGGAAUUCGUGUCAGGUUCGAGCUUUGGUUGUGUGGAGUGUGGAUUUUACCUAGACAAGCAGUGUGCUGAGGCACCUGCUGAGAUGAAUCACCCUUUCCAUCGCAACCACAACCUUAAUCUUCUUACAAGGAAUCCAUACGUGGGUAGAUGUAUCUGCGAUUUCUGCGGAAAAACCUGUGAGAAUUUUGUUUAUCAUUGUUCUUGCAAUUUAGACUUUCAUGCAAAAUGUGUUGAUCUACCUGCAGAAAUCAAUCACCUUUUUCACCAAGAACAUCCUCUCUUUUUACAAUUCAACAAAGAUAAACUUCAUCAUGAGCAUCCAUUCAUCUUAUUUCAAAGACAAGUAUCAUUUUGUGAUGCUUGUGGCACUUUAGGGAAUUAUGUUCCUUAUAUUUGUACUACAUGCAAUCUUGCGGUCCAUAAAAAUUGCAUUUCAGUGCCACGUAUCAUCAAAUUCUUUCGGCACCAGCACAACAUUUCCCACACAUAUUUCAUUGAACAACGUGAACAUGAAACUUGGGAAUGUAGAGUUUGCUUCGAGGAGGUGAACACUGAGCAUGGAAGUUACUUUUGUUCUAAAUGCAAUUUCAUUGUCCAUGUAAAUUGUGCAACAAAAGACCCUCUUCACUAUUAUGAGGUUGACUCAAAAGAAACGAUGGACUCAGAGGAUGUUAGAAAACAAACCGACUUUCAAAGUCAGUAUAAAAAUUGCAGCCAAAGAAUUCAUAUCCAAAUUGGCUUUCAACCUCAUGGAACAUGGCUUGACAUUGAAUUGCAAAGUGGCCUGCACAAAUGA